AUGGUAAUAAUUAUGUCUGGUGCAAUUCAAUCUGAGGUUGCGCAUGUUAUGCCAAAGCGUAAACGAGGACCUCCUCCUACUUUAAAAAUGCCUACACUUCAAGUUUCAGAAGUGCCUUCAUCUCCUACUAUCAACACAUUAAUACAAAUUUCUCCAAAUCUUUACAUAUCAGGGUACCAUGCAGCUUCAAAUUCUCCUCUCCUGCGGUCUGAAGGAAUAACUCACAUCUUAAACCUCGUUGGUGAAGAAAAAUGCCCAAACAGAUUCCCAGAUCAAUUUAAUUACAAAAGUUUAAAAAUUCCAGAUAACCCAAAAAUUGAUAUUCUUUUUUUCAUAUAUUUCUCCAUCGAAUUUAUUUCAUCUGCAGUUGAAAACGGAGGAAAAGUGCUGAUACACUGCUUAAGAGGCAUCUCAAGAGCACCUACUAUAGCCUGUGCAUUUUUGAUGCAUGAUGAAGGGAUAAGUGAAUCAGAAGCAUUUCGGAGAAUAAAAAAUAUUCAUCCAGAAGCUGAUCCUAACUUGGGAUUUGUAUGCCAGCUGAGGAUGUUUAGAGAAAGGGAAGAAAGGAAAAUGUUUAGAUAUUCAGAAAAAUAUGAUAUGUUUAUUAAUGCUGGAGGAGAUGGAAAUUUAGCUUUAAUGAUUGAUGAUGACGAACUCACACUGAUGAAAAGAGAUAAUUGCAGAGGAAAAGAAAAUGAUUGCGGAUUAGAAUGUGCGAGGCUUUGGGAAAAGUUUAAAGGGAGGCAAGCCUACCAAAUACAAAUUCAAUAA